AUGUCAAAUUAAGAGAUCAAUGAGCUUCCCCCUCUCAAAAUCAAUGUGCCAUCUUUCCUUUUAAAAACAUACGAGAUACUAGAAGUAAUAAUUUCAUUAGAUUUCGAGAAUUCAACGCUAUCACACAUUAUUGGGUGGAAUCAAGAAGGCAAUGCAUUCAUCGUUUUCAAUACCAAUGAAUUGGCAUCCAAAGUACUUGCCAAUUACUUUAAACACAAAAACUACCCAAGUUUUCUGAGGUUGUAGUGCUUUUUACAUUAGAUAGUUGAACAUGUACAAUUUUAAGAAGACCAAAAACUAAUAUGGGCAAAGUGAAUUCAGACAUAAAUGGUUUAGACGAGGACUCAAGUAUGAAAUCAGAAUAAUUCUGUUUUUAGAAGUAUGCUCCAAUACAUUCGUAGAAGAAACUAAGAGGAGUCAGAACAAAAAAUAGAAACUAAAGACAAUAAUUAGGAACUAGAAAACUACAAAAGAGAACACGAAGAGAUGAGACAAAUAGUGAGAGACAUUUAAAAUACAUAAACUAAAAUGCAAGCUGACUUUACAGCUUCUGCUGAAUCUAAUGCCACUGUUAGCCGUUCAAAUCACUCCAUUAUAUAAGUAAUCAGAUCAUCCCUAACUAAGUGUAUAAAUUAAAUGCAACAGCAGUUCAAUAAAAAAUUUGAUACGAUUUCCAUUCUUCUAGCAAAAAUUGUGUCCAAUCUCCCUCAAAUUUGUAUUCAAUUUAAUUGAUCUAACAAUUAUAGCACUUUAGAUAGGAGAUAUUCUCAAAAAUUCUUAUGAAGAGCACUCUCCUGGCAGAUCUGAAUCUAAUUAUAUAGUACCAUACAACGAAAACAAUCAAUAUAAUUCAAUCGGAUCGCCCUAUUCACAUUAUCAAUAUAACAGUCCAAUCCAUUAUCUUUUUUCAAGGCAGAAUUAAUGUAAAAACACUAAAUAUGCAAUAAGAGUUCUCAGAAUUUUGUUUCUAGUUUGAUCCCAAUGUUUUUUCAUACAACCGUCAACAUUAGCAAUAACAAUUAGCAUUGCCUGCUCCCAAUAUCAAUUCCUAUUUACGUAACAAAUGAAACCUAAUCCUAAUAUAGCCAGCAAUAACUACUCUUUGUAAUCAAGUUUGUAGAACUCCCCCUAUAGAAUAGCCAGUCCAUCUCACACAUCCACAACCGAUUCUAAAGAUCCAGAUAAAGUAUUUCUAAAUUUACCUUAAAUAGUUCAGUCUCUAUUAGCCAGCAUGAAAAAG